GCCGGCCGCGGCCGCCCUGAAUGAUCCGUCCCAGAAUCCCCCGCGCGCCGCCGCCGCCGCUCGGCCCGGGCCUCCUCAGUAGCCGCCGCCGCCGCCGCCGCCACCGCCAUGGCGUUCACGUUCGCCGCCUUCUGCUACAUGCUGGCGCUGCUCCUCACCGCCGCCCUCAUCUUCUUCGCCAUCUGGCAUAUUAUAGCUUUUGAUGAGCUGAAGACUGACUACAAGAAUCCCAUAGACCAGUGUAAUACGCUUAACCCUCUUGUACUUCCGGAGUACCUCAUCCAUGCAUUCUUCUGUGUUAUGUUUCUGUGUGCAACAGAAUGGCUUACGCUGGGUCUCAAUAUGCCGUUAUUGGCUUACCACAUUUGGAGGUAUAUGAGUAGGCCUGUGAUGAGUGGACCAGGACUCUAUGACCCGACAACUAUCAUGAAUGCAGAUAUUUUAGCAUAUUGCCAGAAGGAAGGAUGGUGCAAACUAGCAUUUUACCUUCUAUCCUUUUUUUACUACCUAUAUGGUAUGAUUUAUGUUUUGGUGAGUUCUUAAGGAUGACGUCCAACGGACUUGGUUCCAAUAAAGUGCAUGCAGAAAAGCCACAAAACAAAGGAUUAUUUUCUAAGAAGAAUCUGGUAUCAAGAUUUAACUGUGGAAUCUGAUGUUCACAAUUUCAACAGGGGGGAGGAAAUGACUUCUUCUUCUCACUUCCCACCGCCACCCUAAAUGUGUCUAUACUUUAAUACUCAUGAAAAGACUUUUUCAAAAAAAUAAUAAUAAUUAUUGGGAUGUUUAAAAUGACAAGAAUUACAUAUAAAUUAAUGUAAAGCAAUCGCUUCUGGCUUUGGACAGUUUUGACCCUGCACUCCAUAAGGAACAGCCAUACCCUCAAUUAUAAUUGUAUUAAUUGCUGUCCUUAGUAUAAUAGAGGAUUUUUUUUUGGUUUUGUUUACUGGACUUUAUAGUGGCUCAUUGAGUUAUGGACUUCCAUCUAAAUGUCAGUUGUAGGUACCAAGUGUUUCUGAAGGACUGAACGCUUUUCUGUAUGUUAUCUCUUAGGUAACCUCUGUGUGUCUUAUAGAUGAAUACAUGAGUACAACUGCAGGAAGAAUCGUAGUUCUAUUUUUUACUAUUUGGAUAUUCUCUACCUGUAAUAUGCAUGGCUCAGACUUUUCAUAUUUACACCAAGCGGUGAAGUGAAUACCCCUUGCUUUAAUUUUCCAAACUAAGUGGAUAUAGUAGGGGAAGUGGAGUUAUUGGUGAAGCAGCACAUUUUAAAACCACUGGUUUUUUUAAAAUAAGAAAACAUCUUGUGCAAGAGUCACAAACUAACCAUACAACCUGGAUCAAACAAGGUAAUGAAAAUAGUUUUGAGAGUUUUCAAAUGCAUACGCUCUGACACAAGACGUACAACGAGGUUGGACAAAUUUCCCUGCUGUUCCUUAGUGCAAUACAAUAAAAAAUUCAAAGACA